AUGGAGCAGCUGAUAACCUGCUGGACAGGCCAAGCUCACCUCGUGGCCAGACAGACCCAAGAGGAAAGGGAACAAGUGAGGCAGCAGCAAAGGGCUGGGCAGGACGGGCAGCCAGAAGGACAGGAAGAUGUGCAGGUCAACUCAGUCCUCCUGUUGGUUGGAGAGGGGACAGUUUGUGCCACAGGUUCCAGAGACUGGAAUGUUAAACUGUGGGAUCUACAUGCAGACUCUGGUGGCAGGCUGCUGCACACAUUGGGAGGGCAGGGUGACUUCAGCACCCAUCGGGGCUGGGUCUGGUGCCUGGCAUCUCAGGGACCUCUGCUGGCCUCAGGGGGCUUUGACAGCACAGUGAGGCUGUGGGACCUUCAAGCAGGUGGUGCGGAGAGGGGCCUGAUCAGGGCAGGGGCCGCUGUCCUCUGCUUGUCUUGUCAGUCAGAUGUAUUGCUGGCUGGUACAUUUGACAAGAGGGUCAGCAUGUAUGACACCAGAGCUGCUGAACCCCUGGUGAAAAGCCUCCGUCUCCACGGUAACGCUGUAAUGUGCCUAGCUGCAGAUGACAAGUACAUCAUCUCUGGGAGUAAAGACUGCACUGUGGCUGUCUAUGACCGCAGGGCAGGCAAAGGCUUGAAGAGACUUCGGAGCAAAAAAAGAGAGCUUUGGGAUGGCCUGCAAGAAGGCAGACCAGAAUGA